AUGCCCACUCCCACUAAGAAUGGUGCGUCCAAAAAAAUAUCGAAAGCUUUAGCAAUUGGAUUAGGAGUAGGAGUUUCUAUGGGAGUUAUCUUUUUCAAGAGACACAAUAUGAAAUCAAACACGCAUAUUCUUGAGAUACCUUCAUCAUCUGAUAUUUAA